AUGUCGCUAUUUCCGGUUCCGAAAAAAGUCAUUGACAAAAUUAACAAACUCCAGCGUGAUUUCCUUUGGUGUGGCCGCUACUCGGGGAAGAACUCUUUUGCUCUCGCUCCAUGGAAGCUCCUAGAAUUGCCUAAAUGCUUUGGAGGGGUCAGCUUGGGGAGUUUAAGUCACAGAAAUUUUGCGUUGCUUUUUAAGUGGGUUUGGCGUUUUUUCAACGAGCCAAACUCACUCUGGAGAAGAGUGGUUGCAAGCAAGUACCACCUCCCAAUGUCCUUCACUAUCCACGACUUAUUCAUACCCUCUAUGGGAGGGCCUUGGAAGAAAAUAUGUGCUUCAAUUCUCAAGCAUCCGGAAUCACAAUGCAUCCUUAGCAGCAAAAUCCGCAAGCGAGUGGGCAAUGGUCAAAACACCAUGUUUUGGCACGAACUUUGGCUGGGUGAGUAUCCCCUAAAACUCACUUUCCCGAGGCUUUUCAAGCUCGCUACAAAUCAGCAAGUAACCAUUGCAUCAAGUGGUGUAUGGGACGGUCACAAAUGGUUAUGGUGCUUCUCGUGGAAUAGAGCCUUAAGAGCUAGAGACAUCGAAGAAAGAAACAGAUUGCUCAUCAUUCUCGAAAAUGUUCAUUUAUCCCCUAGCUGCGAGGACUCUUUUGUAUGGACGCCGCAUAAAUCAGGCGCCUUCUCGGUUAAAUCUUUAAGCUUAGAGCUCGCAAAAAACUCACAACACCCAAUGCAAGAUGUUAUAAAGGGGGUAUGGCGUGGCUUGGUGCCACCACACAUUGAGUUCUUCGUCUGGCUUGCGCUCCUCGGCAAGAUAAACUCGAAACUGAAAUUAGGCAUCAUCGGCCUUAUCCCCAUGCGCGAGACGACUUGUAUUCUAUGUGACUCUCAUGUGGAAGAUCAUAAUCAUUUGCUACUUCACUGCCCUUUCUCGUGGCGCAUUUGGACUUGGUGGGCAAAUCUUUGGAACCUACAAUGGGUGUUCCCAUCCUCGUUAAUGGAGGCCUUCUCUCAAUGGAAAUAUAUAAACAAAGGGCCGUUCUUCAAGAAGGUAUGGUUUGCAUCUUUCUUCAUCAUUGUAUGGUCUUUAUGGAAAGAGCGAAAUGCUAGGAUUUUCAACUCCUCAUCAUGCUCAAUCAAGCAAAUCCAAGACUUGGUUCUAUUAAGGUUAAGUUGGUGGAUAAAAGGUUGGAAAGACCCCUUUCCUUACUCUUAUGAGGACAUUGUUCGAGCGCCUCAAUGCCUCUGGUGGUCUGUUCCUUCCAACCUCCAAGGUUGUGCUCUUCCUUCUCUCGGGCCACAAAUAUGGGCUCCUCCCCCUGCUGGGAUGCUCAAAUGGAACGUCGACGCUUCUGUAAACUUGGGUCAUUCCAUGUCUGCUAUCGGGGGAGUUCUUCGAUCUGAAAUAGGCUGCUUCAAGUGUGUGUUUUCAAGCCCGAUUCCUCCUAUUGAGAUAAAUAGUGCUGAAGUGCUCGCAAUAUACCGCGCCAUUCAAAUUUCAUCGCAUUGUGACUCGUUAAAAAAUCAAGCCAUCAUUGUUGAAUCCGAUUCUUCAAACGCGGUUAUGUGGUGUAACGCAGACUCGGGUGGACCAUGGAACAUAUGUUUUCAGCUCAACUUCAUUAGAAGCGCAAAGAAGAGAGGUCAAAUUCUGGAAAUUAUUCAUAAAGGAAGAGCCACCAAUGUCGUGGCGGACACAUUAGCAAAACAAGGCUUGAGGAGGGAUGCAGAAUUUCUAGCUUAG